AUGUCCGCACCGCUACUCCUCCCGGGACAACCGCUACCAGCAGCAUUCACAAUACCUCCAGUGCCGCAGUGCGGUCCAGGCUGUUAUGAGAGCCAGGGCCGUAUUCUCGCCAGCAUUGUCGGGCGGCCACACCGCGAUGGAGCAGUCGUCAGCGUCAUUGGCAAGGCCGAGGCGGGUGUAGUGCCAGAAAUCGGGAGCAUUGUUGGUUACCCUCUCCUGGUUUGCGCGGCGAGCUCUAACACCCAGAUUGCGCGCUUGUCACCGCAGCAGGCGCACGUCGUGAUUCAGAUCGUCAACGACCGCCCCGUCGCCGACUCUACAGAGGAGCUGACAGGCGUCGUCAAGAUGGGCGAGUGCUUCCGCCUCGGCGACAUUGUCAAGGCCAAGGUCGUAAGUCACGCCCUCGUUCUGUUCUGUAGCUCACCCCAGCUCUCCCUCGGCGACGCCCGCAGCUACUACCUCUCCACAGCCGCCAACGAGCUCGGUGUCGUGUACGCCACCUCCGAGGACGGUGAGCACCCCCCUUCCCAGCCAGUACCGCUGACCACCAGGCAACCCGCUCCUUCCCAUCUCGUUCCAGGAGAUGGAGGACCCCCAGACGGGCCGCACAGAGCGGCGCAAGGUCGCCAAACCUGA